AAAUCUUGAUGGUUCUUUGGUCACAUUGUUGCUAAUGAAUAUGGUAUGCGCAAGUACUCUCCGCUCUCUAAUCUAACCAUUCAUUCCUCCCGGAGAGUUGGCGGGCGGAUGUGUUUCUUGAGUCUGGCGGUCUUCUCCUUUUCGAGGGCGGCCUCUUCCUCGCCGGCGAUGUUCUUCUCCAACCGCUUAUUCCUCCAUCUCAUCGGAAUGGUCGAUCUCAAGGUCUUCAAAGCGCUGACGAAUGUUGGAGACACUACAGAACACAAGAUGCUCACGGAGAGUUGGCGGAAGCCGCGUGCAUCAGCGGGUGCUGACUUAGCACGCACGUGACCGUACUUUCUGAGCGCACGGAUGGGUUUCUCG